AUGCUUGAAGACUCGCAACACAAAGGCACCCUUCUCCUUGUGAUGACUGCGGAUGGAUUGGCUGAUGUAGAUAAAGAGCUCCUCCCGAGUGGAAACUUCCGAAUAGAAAUUGGAACUGGAAUACUGUGUGAUGUGGAACACGACAUGUAUGACGAUAGUCGAGUUGUCACCAAAGUGCACGGUCUCACCGGUUGGAUAGUCCCCAAAGCGAAAAGAGAGUUUUGGUAUGAGUGCCCGCUGGGACGUCAUGUUGUGGAUCGCCCCGUUUUCCAAAUAAUAUUGGAUCUGGAUGCAGAAAUUCUUCGUCAAAAUGACAAUGACUCAACUCGUGUUUAUAGUCAUGACCAAUUAGAAGCGGUACUAGUUCCUUCGAAAUUCUAUCGGGACCAGAGUUCUACAAAGAUUCCUAUUGAAGUCUACAAAUCACCCCCUUUCUUCCAUGAAUGGAAAACAUACGAUAUUGAAAACGCUAUCUUAGAAGAAAAAGAGGAUGAAAAAUGCGAGGUGGAUGCGAAAAUCACUCUCGAAUUGGAGAAUUACUUGCUCAAAUGUAGCAACAAAAAACUGGUCAAACAAUUGAGAAAAGAUAUGACCAAGAUAGAAGAGUUGGAAACAAAUCAAAGAGUUGGAAAAUUUCGAGUAGGCACACGAGCGUAUAGAGCAAAAAUAAGAAUGACGAUUCAAAAAUACGGCCAAGUGGAAAAUACUGCCAAUUGGAGCGAUUCGGAUUGA